AUGGGCCCCUGUACCGCCUCCUCAUGCUGCUGCCAGGCCCGUAAUCUGCCAUGGGCCCCCGUACCGACUCCUCAUGCUGCUGCCAGGCCCGUAAUCUGUCAUGGGCCCCUGUACCGCCUCCUCAUGCUGCUGCCAGGUCCAGAGUGUGUCAUGGGUCCCUGUACGGCCUCCCAUUGCUGCUGUCUCCAUCGCCACACUCUGCCAUGUGCCACUUUCAGGUCUCCUCACACUGCUGGUGGGUUCCAUUUUGUCAUAGGGUGCUGUAUGGCCUCCCAUUGCUGCUACCUCCACCGCCACACUGUGGCUCCACACUCUGGUUUUGGCCCCGUGACUGCCCAAAUGAGUGAAGUGUGCGGUGAUUCUAAGAUCGACGGCACUCAUCUGCAUGUCAUACUGACUGACAGUAUUAUUUCUCUUCCCCAGCAGACUCCAAGGGCAUUUAAAUUAAAGGCACAGUGUUCUGCACUAAUAUAA